CUUUAUAAAUAACAAGGCUCUUUUCUAAAACUAGUUUCAUUCAGAAUUCUGCCAAACCUCUUCUCGACAAUAGUAGAAUUAACUUUUUGACUAUAGACAAGAGUGAGAGUUUUAUGGAGAAGAAAGAAGCAUUCGAUAAUAUUUAUGAAUCGAAACCUUAUACGUCACCUAAGCUAAAUGAAAAAGAAAAGACUAUUAUUAAUAUCAAGGUUGAGGGCAUCAGUAGUGUCAGUAGUCAGGAAGAAAUUGACCAAGUGGAUCAUUGAAAUGGGAUGUUCGACACUCUUAGUAAGAAAAUCCCGGAUAUUGAAAUUAAGUCCCGUGUUAACCCUGAUAAUCAAAAAUGGAAGCCAAGAUCAAAGUCUAUUUUGAUUACCAAUACUUUUAUCCGGAAUACUCAGAAAUCUGAAAAUCCUUCAAAAACCCUAUAUUCUCAGAAAUCAAUAGGAAGAGAGCAAAGAGUACCGAAUUUAGCCUUGCAAAACCUGAAGCCUUGUUUUCCAGCCCAGAGUUCUUCCAAAAAGGAGGCAUAUAGUGGGAUGGAAUCUUCAGGAUCCUCUCAGGUUAGAGUAAACCAAUACAGCGUAGAUCAGUCGACUGGGACUCGGGUGAGCAAAGAGAGGCUGAAAUUAAAGACGUUACAGAUGCGAUCUACUGAGUUCUUACAAAAAUGCUCAAAUGUGAUAAAGAUUCCUUCAAUUUCAAGGAUAAAACUUAACAGGCAGUUUUCAAAGGAACUUACUGAUAAUAAAGGGAUAACAAACCCUAAGCUGUUACAUAAAAUGGAUAAUAGCAUUAAGGUCAUCAGGGAGAAGACAAGAAAGAUUAAAUCUAUCAACUUUGUCAAUAAACCUGAUGCUCAGAGAAGAGUCUCCAUUCAGAGUUUUAUGGGAAGAAGAAAUUUGACAACUCUUCCUAGAAAUUUAACCAAGAAUUUUAAAUCAAAUAUCUAUACUAAGCACGAGAAAGAGAAAUCAUUGGAAGAUGACUUUUCGAUUGGAGCAAAGGAGGAAAUUACAGAGGGAGACUCUUUGAUUGCUUCUAAUAUUUCCUGGCCUAAUAUCUUGCAAACUGUGAUUACUUCCAUCCUCAACAAAGACGAUAAAAUAAAGCCUAAGCAAGCCCUUGAUGAAACUAAUAUUGGUUGUCUUCUAAAUCUUGGACCAGAAUGAAGCAAUGAGAGUGUUAGUCUCUUUGAUGAUCUUUCAUUGGAGGAUCUAACCUUGAGAUGGGCUCAAUACCAAAUCCAACAAGCUAGGGUUUCACUUUGAAAGAAGAUCCAGGAUCUCAAAUACCACUAUACUAACAAUAGUAAUCCUUUUGAAAAAGCUUCUAUUGAUGAAAAUAUUAAAAACGUCACUAAAUUAGCAGAUUUUUGAAAGGCUCAAGAAAUGUAUUCCUUCAGAGAUCUUGAGAACCUUCCAGAACUUGUCUUGUGCAUCUUUUACCAGGUUGGGCUGAAGAAAUUAACUAAAGUUUUGAGUAAGACAGCACCAGUAAAAUGCCAUUGAAGCCAUAUAUGUCCUCAUAAAAUGGAUCAGUUCUCUCCAAUUUGAAUAGAUGAUAUCCUAAACAUAGACUCAAUGAGGGAAAAGAGUCUCUUAUUCCAAAAGAUAUCUUACCCUGACUUGAGAAAAACUUCCAAAUCGCUAUGAUUUGACUCCGAAAGCAUCGACAUUGAAAGAUUUUGUGUCAUCUUAAAAAGUGUAUGAAUUAGGAAGAGCACAUCAGUACCUACUUCAAAGCAUCUUUUUAUGAAGCUGCUCUUCCUCUUGUUAUCUCCAGAGUAUUGCAAGCUUCCUAAGAUGUCCACAUCUAGGUUAAGGAAGAAUAAUGGGGAAAGAUCUCUUAAGUCAUAUAUCCUCUCUUGGUUUUCCAAAAACUUGUAAUUGAAAGAAGCCAAAUUUAGGAUCUGAAGAUGGAGAUUAACCAAGAAUUUGCCCCAUACCUGAGAUAACUCAAAUUUUCAAUGA